AUGUCAAAGUGGCCUCAACCUUUCGUAUCUACCGUAUCGCAUUGGCAAGCUACCAAUCGAGGUAGGAGAUCCUUGUAUAAUCAUAACAAAAAUGAGCCUUUACCCACGGAAGUAAUAGACUAUGUCAUCGUAGGAGGGGGUAUAGCUGGUACUAUGAUGGCUUAUCAUCUGACCAGACCGGGUGUAGCAGAUGACAAGACAGUCGCAGUGUUGGAAGCCAAAGAUCUAGCUUCGGGUGCUUCCGGUCGAAAUGGUGGACACUGCGCUCCGUUCUCUUUCGGUGCGCUCACCCUGUUUACGACACCCUUGGAAGAAGGUGGUGCAGGAUUGACAAUUGAGGAGGCUAUAGAAGUGUUAGAUUUUGAGAAGAGGGUCCUGGAAGAGGUGACGCAAACGGUGGAGAAGGAGAACUGGGAUGUUGAUUUCUGGAAGGGCGAAAAAGUUGAAGUCCGCAUCUCACAAGAGGGUAAAACCAAGAUGAACGAGAACUACGGCAAGUGGAUCGCAGCUAGGGAGAACCAUCCUGGGUUGAAAGGUACCCAACCGGAAUGGACUUGGAAUGAAGAUGAGGUAGAGGCGAAGAAGGCCACCCGAAUCCACAAUGCUGUUGCUUAUUCCAAAGGUCCCGCAGGAUCUGUUCACCCUCAUAAACUCGCUACUGAAUAUAUGAAAUCAGCUAUGGCUACUGGUCGAGCAGAUCUGUACUCCUACGCUCCUGUCCUGUCGACUAAAAGGGUAGAUGGAGUAUGGGAACUUGAAGUGCAUGAGAAGGGAACGAUCAAAGCUAAAGAGGUUAUCUUCUGUACGAAUGCUCACACGCCUCAUCUAUUCGAGGGAAGUUCCAUUGCAGAUUAUCUGGUCCCGUAUCAAGCUCAAGCUGCGAAUAUCACCACUCCCUUAUCAUACUCCGGAUCGAAGUAUCUUGCCAACUCAUACACAAUUGAAGAUGGGCCUUAUCUCAUGUUCACGCCUGAUUCAGGUAUCGUCAUGGGCCUGGCCCAUUACAAUGCGUACAAGCAAGGUGUCAUGACGAAGAAAGAGAUUUACGUUGACCAUGAUGCAUACGUCACAGAGGGAAUCACCAAGUGGCUCAGAGAAUACUGCAAGAACAAUUUUUCCGAUUGGGGAAUUGAAGCUCCUGGUGAAGGUGCGAUGAGAAUCUGGGCAGGAAUGUUAUGUGCAACUAAAAACACUUUACCUCUUGUCGGUGAGAUCCCAGGUAAAGAAGGGAUGUACAUGGCAGCUGGGUUUCACGGCCACGGAAUGGCUCGUAUUCCGCUGGUUACCAAAUACCUAGCUAAACUCAUCACCACAAAGGAAUGGGAUGAAGGUCUACCUCUCACUUUCAAAAUCACCGAGGAAAGGUUUGAAAAGGGUAAGAAAGCAUUACCGUUCAUCACGGAGGAAGAGAGAGAUGAUAGUUUGGCUGGGAAAUUCAAGAAGGCCGUUGGCCUGGGUGGGAAGGAAGUACCUUGUGUUAGGUAG